UUUCGAAGACUUCAGGAGAUUCUCGGAGCACCGGGUAACCUGCUGAGGCCGUUUGGUGGUGUCGGCAACACUCGCACACGGUGGCAGUGAAGCGGUGCAUGCCGGCUUUUUGUUUGCUUGUUUAAUCUGCCGGUGUUCGAGCUGGAGUGUUGUGAGAUAAUCGCGGCUCCUGUGAGUUAAUAUUUUGGUUGAAUGAGACUGAACCUUUCCAAGAAAACAGUGAUUACGGAGGGCUCGGUGGUGGGGACUUUCAGAAUUUGAGGUGAAUAGUCCUUGCUGUUAAUCUGUCAUCUUGAUCCCAAGAACCUUACGUGUUCAACACGACUGCCUGUAUACCAUCUGCAGCUGCUGAAACUGAGGCCUCGGAUGCUGAAGGGUGAAGGCUAUCGGGAAGCUGAAGAGGAUUUAGUGAAGAGAUGCAAACGUGCUCUAAAGGAAUUCAGUUUGUGUAGUCAAGACUGUUCCACUGCACAAACCAAGCACAGAAGGUUUGCUUUAAAGACACGCCCCUGCUCUGAAUUAAAGUGGUAAUGUAUGUGCACCUUAUGAGAACAGAGAAAGCUGAAAGAUUUCAAGCUGCUUGCCAAGAUGACCCCUUUUAUUCUGUGGAAUUGUUCACCUAUGCUAUUCUACCUGCUUCCAGAAUUUCAAAGUUUUGCCUUCAUCUUCAGACUCUUAUCAAUGGCUUUUUCAAAAUACCUACACAUCAGAAAAAAACAGUUUACCUCUGUCAGCUUUUGAUAAGAAUUGCAAAAGGAAAAACCCUCGAAUUAGAGUUUGAAAAUGGUCGAACAAUUUCACCUUUGGAAUCUGCUCUGGCUUUCUGGACUUUACUUGAAAAGGAAGAAAUUAAACUGGAAAAGCUUCAUGAAGAUAUUCAUCGCUUGAUUCAAAUUCAGAUUGUAGCAGUUCAUAUGGAAAAUGGAUAUUUUAAGGAAGCUACCGAACUUCUUGAAAGGCUGUUUACAGACUCUGAAUCAGAUAAGCCUUUAAGGAUGAAGCUGGCAACCAUAAUUAAAAACAAGGAUCCAUAUGUUCCUCUUCUCCAAAGCUUCAGUUACAGUCUUUUAAUAAGUAAAAUCAAGUUCUACAUUGAACUUUUCAUGAAAGAAAAGGAAACUGACUUCUUAAUACAGGAAGCCACAAAAUAUGCAGAGUCUAAAGGAUUGGAAGUAACAACAUUGCAAAACAAAUCUAUGAAUGUCAGUGAAAAUGACGAAAGUAAUUUGGUCACAAAACAAAGAUUGGUGAAAGAGCAACAGUAUAUCACAAAUCAGUCACCUGGAGACAUAAAAAAAUCCACAGAAAGGCCUUAUUCAGGGCAGAAACACACAGGGAGCAGAGUUCUUCAGAGUCUCAACAACUUACAGAAUGUGGAAAACCAUGGAGUUUCAGCUUGUGGCCGAAGAAGACAGCGAUGGACUUACAAAGAAGACUUGGAACUGAAAUCAGGAGUAAAGAUGUUCGGAGUGGGUAACUGGGCUAAAAUUUUGGCCCAUGGUAACUUCAACAACCGAACAAGUGUCAUGUUAAAAGACCGGUGGAGAACAUUGUGCAGGAUUGACCUAGCCUAGCUUUCCAGAAUAACAACUUAUUUUAGUCUCAAAGUGUCCAGCAGUGUUGCUGUCCUAAAAUGUGAAACAGAAUAGUAAUAGGUAUAAAACAUUUAUGUAAGCAAAGUUGUUCAGGUGAUGACUUUAAUGUGAAACCUAAUACACAGUGUGAACUUUAUGGCAGAUGAACCUUGGCUAACAUUAAAAAAGUUCCUUAUUACUAGUUAAAAAUGCUCAUAUGUAACAGUGACAUGAAGUUCUGAGAAGUCUACUUCCUUAACACUGACUGUGGAGUCACCUAUGAAGGUGGGUGAACAUGUGAACUGCAAUGUAGAGGAAGAAUACUUACGCACUUGUAGUGUAAACAGUUGUCUAGAUGAUGCUGGGAAGGAAUCAAGGAUCUAAACUGAAAUCUGGUUUUAACACUCAAACUUUCAUUUUUAUUUACUCUUGCUAUUCAGUGAUGACAGUAACUAUCGUCAGACUUGAGAAUGUUUGGCUGGCUCGCUACUGAGUAGGAGCAGUGCCUGUAGACAGGGCUGUGGCCAGCAGAGAAUGUAAACUUCAGGAAAAGCAACUACUAUGAUUAGAAAUAUUAGCUCUUAAUUACCAAAGAGAAACAUGGAAACAUGCUUCUAGUGUUCUAAUAGAAAAUCAGUCUUAGCAUUUUGUAUUAAGGCA